GCUCCUCCUCUGCCUCCUCCCCCCCCCCCCUCCACUUUCAGGAUGCUCCCCAGCCCCGUCACCUCCACCCCUUUCUCGGUCAAAGACAUCCUGAGGCUGGAGCAGCAACAGGGCUGCCAGGCGGCCAUCGCCCCGGGCUACCUGGCGCCCGAGCUGCUGGGGGGCCCGGCUUCUUUGCUCCCCUCCUGCGCCCUGGGCGCAGAGCGAAGCCCCGGCGGCGGCGGCGGCGCCUACCUCCGGGGGGACCUGGGGUCCCAGGGAGAAGACGGCCCCGGGGGCAGCUGCAGGAGGAUUGGGGACGAGUUCGAGGCCUUGGGGAGCCCCUGCGACACGGCCCUGGACGUGGAGGUGGAGAUGGAGACGGCGGGGGACCCAAAGCCGGCCUCGGCGGCCGGGGAGAGGCGGCAGGAGCCCGAAGGCGAGCGGCCCAAGGCGCGGCAGCGGCGGAAGCCCCGGGUGCUCUUCUCGCAGGCCCAGGUCUACGAGCUGGAGCGGCGCUUCAAGCAGCAGAAGUAUCUGUCGGCCCCGGAGCGGGAGCACCUGGCCGGCGCCCUGCAGCUCACGUCCACCCAAGUCAAGAUCUGGUUCCAGAACCGGCGCUACAAAUGCAAGAGGCAGAGGCAGGACAAGUCCCUGGAGCUGGCGGGGCACCCCCCGCCCCCUCGGAGGGUGGCCGUGCCCGUCCUGGUGCGGGAUGGCAAGCCCUGCCUGGGGGGGGCCCAGCCCUACUCCGCCCCCUACAACGUGGCCGUGGGGCCCUACUCCUAUUACAGCGGCUACGGCAGCGCUCCUUACGGGCCCGGCUACGGCUGCGCCUACCCCGGGGCCCCCUCGGGGCCGGCCCCUCCGGCCCACCUGGUCAACGUGAGCUUCGGCGUGGCCGGGGCCGCCCAGAGCCAGCAGGGACAUCUGCAAGCCACCCUGCAGGGGGUUCGGGCCUGGUGAGGCCUGGGUGCAGCCCUGGGCCCGUGCCCACUCUCCCGCGAGGAAAUCGAGGCCUGGUCAAACGCACCCCCGUCCACCUCGCCC